AUGGCCCCAAUUGAACUGGCAGGCCGUUCCGGAGGCGCCAUGACGUUAUCGCAGAGCCUCUUGCGACGAGCUUCAUCCCGCUCCGCGGCCGGAGCCCUGAACCGCGCCCUGCGAACCCCGUCAUCGAAUCGAUUCUCGACCGUCUCGUCCCUGCCGCCGACGUACGAGAAGCUGCUGACGCGCUACACGGAUGUGCGCCGCGUGCUGGGCCGGCAGCGGCUGACGCUGGCCGAGAAGAUCCUCUACAGCCACCUGGACAACGUCGAGGAGUCGCUGUUGACCAACACGGACGGCGGGCGCAGCAUCCGCGGCAAGGCGAACCUGCUGCUCAAGCCGGACCGCGUCAACAUGCAGGACGCCUCGGCCCAGAUGGCGCUGCUGCAGUUCAUGUCGUGCAAGCUGGAGCGGCCCGCGAUCCCGGCCAGCAUCCACUGCGACCACCUGAUCGUGGGCUCGCGGGGCGCCGAGGACGACCUGGCGGCGGGCAUCCAGACUAACAAGGAGAUCUUUGACUUCCUCGAGUCGGCGGCGCGCAAGUUCGGCAUGGACUUUUGGCCGCCCGGCGCGGGCAUCAUUCACCAGACGGUGCUGGAGAACUACGCGCUGCCGGGCCUGAUGAUGCUGGGCACCGACAGCCACAGCCCCAACGCCGGCGGCCUGUGCACCGUCACCAUCGGCGUGGGCGGCGCCGACGCCGUCGAGGCGCUUGUCGGCGCGCCGUGGGAGCUCAAGGCACCCAAGGUGCUGGGCGUCCAGCUGACGGGCAAGCUCGGCGACUGGGUGGCCCCCAAGGACGUCAUCCUGAAGCUGGCGGGCGAGCUGACGGUCCGCGGCGGCACGGGGUCCAUCAUCGAGUACUUUGGCCCCGGCGUCGACACGCUGAGCGCCACGGGCAUGGCCACCAUCUGCAACAUGGGCGCCGAGGUGGGCGCGACGACGUCCAUCUUCCCCUACACCGAGGCGUCGGCGCGCUACCUGCAGUCGACCCGCCGCGGCCAGGCCGUCGACAACAUCAAGGCCCUGCAGAGCUUCGCCGGCAACAGCACGUCCGAGGACGCCCGCUUCCAGUUCAAGGCCGACGAGGGCGCCGAGUACGACCAGCUUAUCACCAUCAACCUGUCGGAGCUGGAGCCGCACGUCAACGGGCCCUUCACGCCGGAUCUGGCGACGCCGCUGUCCAAGUUCAAGGACGUCCCGCGCUACCUCGGCGCCCGCGUCGUCCUCACAAAGUCCUUUGCCCGCAUCCACGAGACCAACCUCAAGAAGCAGGGCGUCGUGCCCCUGACGUUCGAGAACGAGGCCGACUACGACAGGAUCUCGGCCGGCGACGAGGUCAGCACCAUUGGCUUGUACGACAUGCUGCGGAACCAGGGCAAGGGCGAUGUCCAGCUCAAGGUGAAGAAGGCGAAUGGCGAGGAGUUUGUCAUUCCAACCAAGCAUACCGUUAGCAAGGACCAGGCCGGAUUCAUUCUGGCGGGUAGUGCUCUCAACUUGCUUUCCAAGCGCACAUGA